GCCACACGUUGACGUCGACAGGGGCCAAAUUCGCAAAAAUCGUCUCCACGCGGAGCGAGCUUGUCUUGGUUGGGGCUGCGCCUUGUUCUGCGAUUGUGCGCCGCCUUCUUGGACAGAUUUCCACCUUCAUCCCAACACACUGCGACCUGCGCGCAACCUCUGUCAGGCACAUAACCCCGUCAUUUUUCCUGCCGAGUCCCGGCCGCUGUGCGACUGCUUUCUUGUUGGCGUUUCCUGAUUGCGAAAGCCCGUCUUUUUCUGCAGCCUGGCGCCGUCGCUCGGGGCUCCUCCACUCCCACGAAACCUCAAGCCUUCCCCACGUCAUCGUCGUCGACCGAGCGCUCGCCUCCUCGCCGCCCGGUACCACCCCGCGACCACAUCGAUAUAGCCCUGCGCCCUCCUGCCUCCUCCGACCCGAAGCUCUACCUCUCAGGUCAAACUGGCGACUAUGGCGAAACCUCGCAGAGGGGUGAAAUUCCCCCACCGGACAAAUGGCUAUUCCGAUGGCAGACGGUCUAGCUUCUCCGACGUUAGCGAGGACGGCGGCUCGCCGACGUUAGCGAGGUCGCCUACCACCCUGAACGACAUUCAAGAGAAGCCAGCGAGCCCCCAGGAGCAGGCUACGGCAGAAUACGAGAAGAAAAAGGCCAACUUCUUCACGCGCACCCUGUGGACGUUUGUCAUGAUUGGUGUCUUCUUCGGCGCGCUCUUCAUGGGCCACAUAUACAUGAUCCUCGUCAUCACCACGAUCCAGAUCAUCUCGUUCAAGGAGGUCAUCGCGAUCGCCAACGUGCCCAGCCGCGCGCGGCAGCUGCGCUCGACCAAGAGUCUCAACUGGUACUGGCUGGCCUCGGCCAUGUACUUCCUCUACGGCGAAAGCGUCAUCUACUACUUCAAACACAUUGUCCUUGUCGACAAGGUCCUGCUGCCCCUGGCCACCCACCACCGCUUUAUUAGCUUCAUACUCUACGUGAUCGGCUUCGUCUUCUUUGUCGCAUCCCUCAAGGCCGGUCAUUACAAGUUCCAGUUCACCAACUUCGCCUGGACGCACAUGGCCCUCUACCUCAUCGUUGUGCAGGCGCACUUUGUCAUGAACAACAUCUUCGAGGGCAUGUUCUGGUUCUUCAUGCCGGCCGCCCUGGUCAUCACCAACGACAUCUUUGCCUACAUCUGCGGAAUCACCUUUGGCCGAACCCAGCUCAUCAAGCUGUCGCCCAAGAAGACAGUCGAGGGCUUUGUGGGCGCCUGGGUCAUGACCGUUUUGUUCGGCAUCCUUCUCACCCACCUACUGAGCCGCAGCAAAUACUUCAUCUGCCCCGUCACUGACCUCGGCGCAAACAUUUUCACUGGCCUCGCGUGUGACCCGAACCCGGUCUUCGUCCCCAAGACCUACACGCUGCCCGACUUUGUUUUCCUGCCUCGCGACUGGGCCCACAAGCUCAGCAUCACCAUGUCCACCAUGCAGCUGCACUCUCUGGUCAUCGCCAGUUUUGCUUCCCUCAUCGCGCCCUUUGGUGGAUUCUUUGCUUCCGGCCUGAAGCGCACGUUCAAGAUCAAGGACUUUGGCGACUCGAUCCCGGGCCACGGCGGCAUGACUGAUCGCAUGGACUGCCAGUUCACCAUGGGCUUCUUCUCCUACAUCUACUACCACACCUUCAUCGCCACUCAUCAUUUGGGCCUCGGAGGUGUCCUCGAGGAUGCCAUCACCGGCCUUACCCCUGACGAGCAGAUUGAGCUCAUCAAGGGUGUGGGAAGGUAUCUUGCCAACCAAGGAAUUGUCGGCACCGAGCUUCUCUCAUGUCUAGACUCGGCCCUUCCAGCAAAGAGUUAGAGUGCCCGGCACACUGUUUAAUUUCUAGGUUGCCGUUUCCGCAAGUCGCGGGCGGUAUUUGGGCGAGUUUAAUGCUCGUUUCUGGGUGAAUAUGAUCUGGUAUUUUGUUGGACAGCGGUGGGCCACCGAGCUGGCCUUUGCGCGUUCUCGAUAAUAUAUACGACACCACCAGAAAUCGUGGCUCUGGAGAUCACGAACACGACAUAUCCCAAGAUUCCAGUAAACCACGCGACCCUGGGAAGUACGGCAAGACUCAACUCCAUUCUUGUUUCCUUGUUUCGGGCAUUGCACUUUCUUUGUUCUGGGUUUGGCUUGGGCAAUUUUGCGGAGUCUCCUUUCGUGCAUGGGAAAAAUGCUGGCUACGUCGGGCGCACUAUACCGCUGUAUCAUACCCGUAUACUUUGCUGCUUGUAGAUUUCCCCCACUGACGCCCACGGCCGUCGUUACGUUGGUUCAGGCACCGACGGUGUCCGUUUGGGGUGCCUUCUUUCUGUCCGCCGGCUCUCUGGGCAGCCCAGAUGACUGUGGCACCCAGGUGCCCGACACCACGUUAUGAUUGGCACGCGGCCUCAGUAGUAAUGAGUAUGACCUCGUCAAUAGAAAAUCAGAGCCCGCAGCUCAAUGCUCUCCCGGCAACCAUCCAUGUCGGCCGUCUCCGGGUUGAUGAAAGCGGCGUGGAUGGCGCGCCUGGCCACCGU